AGUUCAACGUGAUAAAAGUGACAGCACGGGCUUCUACUCAAAAUCUACUGCUUUUUUUUCUCUUUUAUUACCCAUCAAAACGACAGAGCUGUUCUGUUUCCAGUUUUAUUCACUUAUGAACUAUUUUUCAUUCAAAUAAGAUGGUGUUUUACUUUACAAGUGCCGUUGUGAAUCCUCCUUACACUAUAUACAUGGGAAAAGAUAAGUAUGAGAAUGAGGAUUUGAUAAAGUAUGGGUGGCCUGAAGACAUAUGGUUUCAUGUUGACAAGCUGUCUUCUGCUCAUGUUUAUUUAAGACUGCCGAAGGGACAUACCAUAAAUGACAUUCCAUCUGAAGUUCUAAUAGACUGUGCACAGCUGGUGAAAAACAACAGCAUUCAAGGCUGCAAAAUGAACAACAUUAAUGUGGUUUAUACAUCAUGGGCGAACCUAAAGAAGACUGGAGACAUGGAUGUGGGACAGAUUGGCUUCCACAAACAGAGAGAGGUAAAACUUGUAGCGGUGGAAAAGAAAGUAAAUGAAAUUGUGAACCGCUUGGAGAAGACCAAAGUGGAGCGCUUCCCAGACCUGGCAGCUGAGAAAGAGUCUAGAGACCAAGAGGAGAGGAAUGAGAAGAAAGCACAACUACAGGAGCAGAAGAGAAAAGAGAAGGAGGAGCAGAAGAAGAAAAAGGAGAUGGAGGAACUCAGAAACUACACAUCAUUGAUGAAGUCUGAGAAUAUGCAAACGAAUGAGGAUGGCUAUGACUCAGACGACUUCAUGUAAAGUGAGAAGAGCAGAUCUUGUGGACUGUCAGAUCUCUGAACUGGACCCUCUUUGCUGCUUCCACUGGCUGCUACUCUCUGCAUCUUUACUAACAAAGACUUUUGGAGAUAUUUUGGAGCGGAUUUGAGCCAAUGAGGGACAGCACUGCGACUUUCAACUCGCUGAUUGACUCGUACUGCUACUAUAUAUUGAAAUAACAAAUCUAAAAGGGUUUUUUGUUUUGUUUUUUUUAAUUGGCUUUGCCCUUUGUUUGGGAGCACUAUUUUUCAGUCUAUGCAUGUUCAAUUUUACUUUAUACAGAGAAAACCGUGCCAAUUAACACCGCCUACUGAGCAACAUUAUCACUUCAACAAAUAGACAGUGAAAACUGCUAAGUCAGAUACCAAAACACCCAAUAAAAAGGCUGAAAUGAAGUAGUAUGUUCCUUACUAUUGACGGAUCGUAAAAUAUCCAAACACUUCAGUACUAAAGGACCCCCAACAGUGUGUAGAAAGACAUUUUGACCUUGGCUCUUAAGAAAUCACAACAAAAACCAGGUUGAAUAUACCGGUCCAUGACUAGAGGCAAUCAUGCAGGUGCUGUUAUCAGACUACUGUCAGUCCAAAAAUAAAAGAAAACUGAGACUUAGUUUAGAGCUUUAUUACAAAUUAAUAACACAAAGUAAGACAUUGUCAUAAUUGUUCAAACUUUUUCACAUAGAAGGUUAGCUGAUCAGAAUGGUUUGGUUUUGUCUGAGGCCGACAGAUGCGCCACAUUGGUACAAAGUGAAUGUUUCACGGAAAACACAGAUAAAACUCAUUAACCUUCAAGUAUGAGCACUGGACCAGAGACGCAGCAGGAAGAGAAAGUACUUUGUAAGACAAAGAUGAGAACAAGAACAGACAGCUGGUAGGUUCCUUCUUCAUUAUAAGAAUCCAGAUUAAAUUCAUCUUCUGAAUAAAUAUAUGCACCAGCAGAUCUGACCAUAUUGACAAAUGUCAUUCAAAGUUAAAAACACAAAUACUGAUACCUGAAGUACUUUAUGGUCAAUAGUGAUAACAGAAAAGUGGCCCCAUGGUUUGCAGCUGGUGCCUUCAGUGGCUCGGAAAAGUCUGGAAUUCCUUAUUUGGUCAUUGCCCUGCCCUUUCACUUAGUCUUAAGAAAACGCUUUAGAAAUUUUUAAAUAAAAUUGUCUAUAAACAAUCUACAAA